GUGAUCCAGGUAAGCACAUUUUAUAGCGGAAAUGAUCAGAAGUUGAUUUCUCGAAUGCAUUCACGAAGUCUUAUCUUUUUCAGCGUAACUCCAAAACGCUGUUUCCUGGAGAAUGCUGGUCAUUUAAAGGACCUGUUGGCUAUAUCACGAUCGGUCUCUCCCAUCCUAUAAACAUAACGAUCUUCAGCUACGAACAUAUUGGCGCUCAUCAAGCUCCGGGUGGUCAGCGUCCCAGCUGUCCGAAGACUUUCAAGCUAUGGGCUUACAAGUCUGAAGCUGAUAUGGACACCAGAGUUCUCCUGGGUGACUUCAUGUACGACAUCAAAGGCCCACCUCUGCAGUUUUUCGUCAUAAAGACUCAACCCGAUUACCCGGUGAAAAUCAUAGAAAUGGAAGUUACGAGCAACUAUGGUGCCGAGUACACUUCUUUGUACCGUCUGCGCGUGCAUGGAUCUCUCUGGAAACCCGGAAAUGAGUGA